AUGUGUGGGUUCCCGGUGACAGCCGACAUGGCACCCGUCAGCUCUUUGCUUGUCUAUUACGUCACGGAAGCCGGUGAACCUGUUAGUGACGUGGCCAGUUUCCAUGUGCGGCUUCUGCACAAAGAGGUUGCUGUUGCCAUAGAAGAAAGGCGCUGGUGGUAUCCCAGAGCUGCUCUCCAAUUGCGAGUCCUAGCGCCACCAGAUUCUACCAUGUGCCUUUUCGGAGCCCGCGCACCACCUGAUGCACGUUUUGACCCUCAUCAAACGACCCCUGAACAUGAAGAGCAACCAGGCCCAGAAUUCGUUUCUGCAGGUGUAUCCCUCUUUGUUGGUGGAGGGGCAUGCGGCGGUGGCGUGCUGUACCGACAGCGAACUGCUCCUGUGCCACCAGCGCCUGCACAUCUUGUGCCACCAGCGUCGCAUGACCGGCUUUGGAUGUGGAAAUGCUUCAAUUAUACGAACCAGCUCUCGACCGAUGGCGUGACUAUCUCAGCUCCCUCAGAGGCUGGUCGGUGGUCUCUCUGGGCGCUCUCCCUUUCCAACCACGGUCUUCGCUUCUCUGCCCCUCGCACCAUCAAUGUCUUUCGACCAAUUCAAUUAGACUUCUCGCUCCCACUGACUUUGAAAGUUGGUGAAACCGUGGAGGUUGAUGUCAAGAUUACUAACAAUAUCAAUAACUGUAUGGAUGUGACAGCACUGUUGGCACUCAGCGCAGGAGCAGCUUUCGCAAGUACCGGCGCUCUGUACGUCACAGAACGUCUCCGACUUGGCCCACGCGGUGGAACUCAACUGGUCGUGAGAGUCGCCGUCAAUACGCCUGGCAGGAAAAAUAUUACUGUGGAAGUCACCGGCUACAGUGCUGACAACUGCUCAAUCUCCUAUACAUCUUUCAACAACGAGACCCUUGUGGGGUCUGUAAUCCGGUCUGCCAGCGUACUCGUGCUGCCUGAAGGUCUUCACAGGACUGACACGCAAAGUGCUUACUUCUGUGCAAACGAACAUUUGGCGGUAUCGACUCGUGGAUCCUGGGAAUGGCAGUGGGUAGCUGCACCAAGGAAUCGAGCAGGCUUGGUCUUAGAAUUACGAUCGCAAGGAGCUGCUCAUGUCGCCUUGUCUGCAAUACGAGAACCUUCUGAUAACAUGUACCGUGUUGUAUUUGAGAGAACGAGAGUUUGGAUUGCUAAAGGAAAACAUGGUUACGAUGUUCAUCUAGCGAGUGCAGAAGAAACAGAAAGUGAUGAAGAAUGCUCAAGUGAAUCUGCAUGGUGCGCUUGGUGGGUUUGGUGGGAAGGAGGUCGGUUAUCUGUUGGGAGGGGGGCAGCACCUUCAGAGAGAAGGCUCUUAGUUUGGCCACUUGCUUCCGACAUGAGGAUCAAGUAUGUAGGCUUCAGUGCCUUAUGGGGAGAUAAAGCUGAUUUCAGAAUUUGGAAUUUCAACGAAGAAGCUGGUUUCUCACAAGUAUUGGAAUUGGGUCUCCCUCGUGGUGUUGUUCCUGGUUCUACAAGUGGUACCCUUCUCGUCUCUGGUGGUCUACAUCUGCCUCUGUACAAUCUUCAAACAGACUCUACAGAUCAAUGGGCUGAAGUGUGGAGAGACUCACAGUUAUCUGCAGCAUCUGCAAGUUUGGCUCCGCUGCUAGCACUUGAACAUAUUCCACAUUUAGUCGACGAUAAUGAACGGGAGAGGAUUUUGAGAAAGUUGCCUGAACAGGUUCAAGUAUUGUUAUCCUUCCGCAAAAGCGACAAUUCCUUCAGCGAUCAUCCUGGGAUGAGCAGUCAUCUAUCGACUAUCAAAAUAUUAGAAAUUUUAACCAAAAUCCAGUCCUAUUACCCAGUGGACCCAGAUUUGCUUCAAGCUAUUAAAAAAUGGAUCCAGAAACGCCAAAAUUCUGAUGGAUCUUUUACACCUUUGGCAGCAGACAAAGAAGUAGACUAUUAUCCCAUAGAUAUGCCAAAAUCGAACAGCACUAUGAAAGAUAUAGACGUGAAUGAGUACUACUAUUAUGACAAAGACGGUAACAUGACACAGAAAGAAAUUGAUUGGGAGAGGAAAGUAGAAGUAACUGCAGAGACUUUAGUUACUUUGCUUGAAGUUGGUGUUGAGAAUCAGAUUGAUGCUGACGUUGCGAUGAAGUCUCAGAAAUACUUGGAACAGAAUCUGCACAACCUAACAUCACCGGCUGCUCUUGCUGCUACUGUAUUAGCGUUAGUUUUAGCACGGAGUCCCAUAGUACCAGAAGCACUUGUGAUUCUAAGAAAUGCUUCGACAACUGAAGAAGGGGAGUUUGGUUGGCCAGCCCCAAGAAAAGACGCUGCAGACUGGUUGUUAGAAGAAACUUCCAGAAAUAUCAAGACGACUUCUUAUGAGGCAGUAACAAUGGAGCAAUACGUAGCUGGAGUACGUGUUCUUCUUGCCGCCUGUGCCAGGGGUGCUUUAGCAGAAGGAGAAGCGGCUGCUCGAUUCUUAUACUACCGCGCGUCAACGUUGCAGAGACACCCCAGUCUGGCUUAUAGUGCCACUAAAGCAGCUGCCCAAUAUGCUGCGUUGGCUCAUGACAGGCAUCGAGCUCUGACGGUAUCACUAGCAACAGCCGGAAUGGAACUGACGGAUACCCUGGAAUUGCGCGCCCGUACACCUCCCAGGCCAUUACAAUUGCCUGGACUGCCUACUAAAGUAUUUGUGUAUGCUACUGGUGCAGGGUGUGCUACUGUUCAGGGUACAAUUGCUUAUUCUACAUACACACCGAAACCAGAAAAUGCGUUGUUAAAUAUUCAAGCUGCGAUUAUCGAGGAGAUUCGCCCCGAAAGAAGUAGCAUUGAAGAUCUACAAGGCAAUUUGCCUACAUUGAUAAUUAAAUCAUGUUUCAAAUGGAAAGGCAAAGAGCGUUCAGGUAUUUUGCGUCUUGAAUCUUCAUUAUUUUCUGGAUAUGAACUACAUUCUGUCAACCCAGUUGUAUUGGAUGGUGCUACCUUUGCCGACUUACACUUUGGUUCUAGAGGAGAAUCUGUAUGGUUCGUGUUUGCAAAUAUCAGCUCCACGUGCCCUGUUUGUGUGACUUAUGAAGUACGUUCAAAAUUUGUGAUAACUAGCUUACGCCCUGCUUUUGCCAAGAUUUAUCCUUCUACUAGACCCGAUCUAGCAGUGGAAACAUUUUUCCACGCAAGGGCAGGAAGUCCGUUGCUCCGAGGCAUAACUGAUGACGACUUCAUUACUUGGUUCGAUAAAACAGAACUUGCAAGUCUUAAAACAAGUGCCAGUAUCGAUAAUAUUUGUGAGUGUGGACGUAUUUGUAGCAGGGAUUAUGAAUUUAGAAAGAAUUUCGAGGAACACAGUAGCGACAGUACGGAAAACGAUGAAGUUACGACCGAACUAAUGAGCACAAAAAUAACUAGUGUAGAGAUGACACCUACUGAAGAUCCUACCACUACAGUAGUACCUACUUCAUCUAGAGCAAUGGCAGAUGUCAUAACUCAAGAACCUACAACUACAACAGUUAUAGAUAGUACUGAAGAACAUAUACAACCAACUGCAGAAUAUACAGAUAACAUUGAUGAUCCGAUUAUAAUUCCAACUGUAACGUAUAUAAAUAAAACUGAAAAUUUAAAAGUAAUAAAUAGCAUAGUGCCAAAAAUAAAUGGUGAAUUGAUUAUUCAAAAAUCAGUACUGCCAAAACUAAUACCAAAGAAAGAUGACGUUAAGAAAAAGCCCUUACCGCGAAGAAAAGGUACACUUAAGGCAACGUAUGGUGAUAAACAUGAAAAGUUUUUUAUGAAUAUGAAAAAAGGUGAAAAAGUAACUCCAAUUCCUGUAACUGCUAGUAUUAAAUUAAAUAAAACAAAGGAAAUUUUAGUAGAACAAGAAAGUACACCCAAGGUUGUACUGGAAAAACCAGAAGACAGUCAUGUUUUGAUUUCAUCUGAUGUUAUUCCUAAUAAAACACAAGAUAUAAUAACAAGUACAGAAACUUACCUUUUUGAAAAGACUACUGCAGUGAAUGAGGUAAAAAUUAAAAAUGAUAUCUUACCACAAAAUAAAUCUUUCGAUGUUGUAGACAAACAUACAGAAGUAAAAGCAAUAAUAAACAAAACAUCUGAAGUGCCAAAACAGCAACCAAAUUCAGAACUAUUACCACAUACAAAAACGACGAUCACUAAUAACAAUAUUAAAACAAUCCUUUACAGAACAAAGAAACCAAAAUCAAUAACUCAAAUAAAGAAACCGUUAAUAAACGCAAUUCAUAACAAUACCACGAAGCAUAACAGGAGUGACGUCAUUGACUCUGGUUUUAUCAAUAAGACUAAGAAAAAAAUAAUAUCACCAAAAUACAAUAUUAAAACUUUGAAAUCUAUAAACAAAGAAAUACACAAAAUACCACCCACACCUAUUUCCGAGACGUCUAAAUCACUGUCAGAGAAUAUAAAACCUGAUAUCGCUCCAGAAAAUAAGCAAGGUUUUGAUAUUUUAAAUAAGAACAAUUUGUGGGAGCUUCUGAAAGAGGGUUCUGAUAACGAUCCAUCCAAGAUAGAAGAAAAGCUACACGUGAAUCACAAUAGAUUAAAUAUUCUAGGUCAUAAUAUGUCUAACGUAGAUAAUCACCGAUCUUUAUAA